UCAUUAAGAAUUCAUGCAAGUUGCAGAGUUUGAAAAGUAAUUUUGUAGGGACAAUGAUUCAAUUAUUUGUUCUCUCACGUAACAUAAACAUAGUAUACUUGACUUUGAUUUUUCGAGGUCUACUCUCAUCGCCAUCUCAUUUCUCUACUUCUCUCUCUCUUUCAGUCAACCAAUUUAGUACCCCCUCCUCUUAUCAUUUUUCAUUCUCUCAUACAGCUGCCCGAAUCUCUUUUUCUACCAAUCUUCAACUUGUUCAAGCCAUGCUAUUUCCUCGUCUUCUUCUCGAUUCUCUCAUUGUCUUUUUCCUCGCAAACUUUGUAUUUGCAUCCUUAUUACCAGAUGACGAAUUGAGAGCGUUCAGAGAGAUAGCGAAGACGUUGGGGAAGACAGACCGGGAUAUCAGCAUAGAUCCAUGCAAUGAAAGGUCAGGACUGGUUACACCAAAUGCAGAUGAAGGAUUUAAAAAUGCUGUUACCUGUUCCAAUGACACCAUCCCCCAUAUUGUUAGCAUGUAAGCUCAUCUUCCUCUAUUGAUUUCCCUUUUUAUCUUCUCUUUUGUAAAGAUGUUUAGGGUAAUUUUUAAAAAUUUAUAAUCUUAGUUCGAGUUUAACUGUUUUUAAAAGUUUAUAGUUGAUAUCAAUCUAUUAUAUAAUGGUUAAUAGUGUUUGAAUAAAAAAUAACGUUAAUA